UCUUGUGACAAUCCAGACAGAAAGGAAAAGCCUUUCUGACUUCCAGCUGAGUUGUUAGCUGCUGCGAUGACAGAGAACUGUUGUUUUGGUACCAAAGGACCAACUGCGAGGAGGGAAAUGGAGUUAAGUUAACCGUUAUCAGACUGACUCAGACCAUUCCUGCCUUUAAAGUGAACAUUUGGUGAAUACUUGGGGUUGUUGCGCCGCCGGGGACAAAGUUGGCGCAUGGAGAGGGACGAAGUUUCAUUUUUGCGCAGUGUCUUUUCUUUGUUUUCUUUGUUUUGGUCGCCACUGCGUGUCAGCCAGCGUCGCCCGGCUUCUGAACCAAAGUAGCUGGAGUUCAGUUUUGACCCUUUUUGUUGCUGGAGAAUUAAAGUUAGGGGUGGGUUCAGAGGACGAGACAACUUGGAGGACGCAUUACGUCGGGUGAGAUGGUGGACAGCAAACCUCUUCUUCAGGACAGACCUCCCGCCUACAACACCGUCCCGGGGGCUUAUGAGUACGGCCCGCAGCAGCAGAGCUAUGGGGCUAUCCCCCCUCCGGCCCCGCCGCCCUACCCGUACCCAGACGGCCAAGGAUACCCAUCAGCCCAGAUGGGCCCUGCCGUAUCCCAGCAGCCCUACGCUGGAACUUACACCAUCAUCCAGCCUUCUGUAGUGGUGGUGGGAGGCUGCCCUGCCUGCAGAGUUGGUGUCCUGGAGGACGACUUCACUUGCCUGGGGAUCCUGUGUGCCAUCUUCUUCUUCCCCCUGGGUAUCCUCUUCUGCUUCGCACUGCGUCAGAGAAGGUGCCCCAACUGUGGCGCCACCUUCGGCUAGAGGGACCAAACCACAGCUCAUGCAUAUGCUUGUUCUCCCAUGCAUUCACACACACACACACACACACACACACACACACACAAUCCAGCAUUUUUAUGUCUUUUUUUGUUGUUGUUGUUAUUUUUUCUUAAUAUUGCACAUUGCUGUUGCCAUUAUGUUAUGUACAAGAAAUGAUCAAGAUAUUACCAUGAUUUAUGAUGUGAGUUUUUAUCAGAGGCACGUGUUGAAAUCUAUUUUCAUCUGCUAGUUGAGGGUGUAUUCUAGCAUAUGUAAGCAUCCAGCUGUUGUCAGUGCCUUCACUACAUGCAGAGUGAGCAUCAGAUUUCAUCAUGAUUUAUUCUGUAGAUUUAGCUCAGUUAUCCAAGGGUCUGAGCAGAUUCCUAUAUGUUUUGACAAGCCAGAAAUAACCAAGGCACGUGUAGUUAUUCUGCCUAAAUUUUCUUUUUCUUUUCUUUUUUAUUUUAUUUGCCGGCACACUGCGUACAUAUUUUUUGGUUAACAUUGUGCUUAGCAAUUUAGUGACAGCAUCCAUAUGAUCACUGAUGUAUUAGCUUUUGCAAGAAAUGCAGACUUUUUUUUUUUUUUGGAAAUGUUUAGUUCCUUUGUUUUUUUUUUUGGCUGAGUGUGACACGGAAAAACACAAACAACGUAUUUAAAAAAAAAAAAAAAAAAACCAAGAUGUGUCAAGAUCCCUGAACAUGAACUGUCCCAGCUGAAACAAUGGACUCGUGUCAGACAGACAGGCCGCAGCAUUUUGUCUGUUUUUGUUGAUAUUAUUUCUUGGGGCCAUAUUUGCACUGACCGUUUGUUUGAUGAUUAUUCUGCUGGGUUGUGCUUUUCCAGGGCCAAUGCAGAACUCAGGUACAUACAAUCUGAAACGCCCUCGACUUUACAACCUCAAUCACUGUUUGACUUCAGACUUCUGCCUACUGUAAGAAACUCAUGCGUUGACGCGCAGACUCGUCCUUCAAUGUGCGGAGUUUCACUUCGAGGAAGCAUGCUGAGAGCAAAAGCUGAAGGAAUUUCUCAAUAAUGUGUAUAACCUCUGGAUUUUUAUCUUAGUACUCUGUGACAAGUCACCCUGCCCCAUUCUUCCCAGCCAGACAAUCAAUCAAGAAUGUCUAUGUCCCUCUAUCUGCAGUAUCUCCAUGUCUACGUCUUCCAUCACAGCAAGAUGUUAUAUAACUGUCCAUGGCAGAAGAAAAGAUAAAGCUGGGUGGGAGAGAUUUAAAAAAAUAAAAAUAAAAAAAUCUUCUUGCUUUAGAAAACACACUACGCACGCUCUAAUGAUUGAGGUUCUUACUUUUUAUAUGAGUUACUGUAAUUAAAAAUGAAUGCUACUUAA